GCCUCGUGGGCAGAAGAGAGCGAGCCGCCGUCCAGCUCCCCGCCGCCGCCAUGGUUCUCACCGUCGCCCGCGUUCUCUUGAUCACCCUGGCGGCCCUCGGCGCAUCCGGCCAGGGUCAGAUAACGCUGGGUGCAGACCUGGGCCCGCAGAUGCUGCGAGAACUACAGGAGACCAACGCGGCGCUGCAGGAUGUGCGGGAGCUGCUGAGGCAGCAGGUCAAGGAGAUCACGUUCCUGAAAAACACGGUGAUGGAGUGUGACGCGUGCGGGAUGCAACCCGCGCGCACCCCGAGGCUGAGCGUGCGGCCCCUAAGCCAGUGCGCGCCCGGCUUCUGCUUCCCGGGAGUGGCUUGUACCGAGACGGCGAGUGGCGCGCGCUGUGGACCCUGCCCCGCAGGUUUCACAGGCAACGGCUCGCACUGCGCGGACGUCAACGAGUGCAACGCCCAUCCCUGCUUCCCCCGCGUCCGCUGCAUCAAUACCAGUCCAGGCUUCCGCUGUGAGGCUUGCCCACCCGGGUACAGCGGCCCCACCCACGAGGGCGUGGGGCUGGCCUUUGCCAAGGCCAACAAGCAGGUUUGCACGGAUAUUAAUGAGUGUGAGACCGGGCAGCAUAACUGCGUCCCCAACUCCGUAUGCGUCAAUACCGUGGGCUCCUUCCAGUGCGGUCCGUGCCAGCCCGGCUUCGUGGGCGACCAGGCAUCAGGCUGCCGUAGGCGCUCACAGCGCUUCUGUCCAGACGGCACGCCCAGCCCGUGCCACGAGAAGGCCGACUGCGUCCUGGAGCGUGAUGGAUCGCGAUCGUGCGUGUGCGCUGUCGGCUGGGCGGGCAACGGGAUCCUCUGUGGCCGGGACACAGACUUGGACGGCUUUCCGGAUGAGAAGCUGCGCUGCUCAGAGCGCCAGUGCCGAAAGGACAACUGCGUGACGGUGCCCAACUCAGGGCAGGAGGACGUGGAUCGCGACGGCAUCGGAGAUGCUUGCGACCCGGAUGCCGACGGGGACGGCGUCCUCAAUGAGCAGGACAACUGCCCGCUGGUGCGGAACCCAGACCAGCGCAAUGCGGAUGGCGACAAGUGGGGCGAUGCGUGCGACAACUGCCGGUCUCAGAAGAACGACGACCAGAAGGACACAGAUCAGGACGGCAGAGGCGACGCCUGCGACGACGACAUAGACGGCGACCGGAUCCGCAACACGGUGGACAACUGCCCCAGGGUGCCCAAUUCAGACCAGAAGGACAGUGAUGGUGAUGGUAUAGGGGAUGCCUGUGACAACUGUCCUCAGAAGAGCAAUGCAGAUCAGAGGGAUGUGGACCACGACUUUGUGGGAGAUGCAUGUGACAGCGACCAAGACAAGGAUGGAGAUGGGCAUCAGGACUCUCGAGAUAACUGCCCCACAGUGCCUAACAGCGCCCAACAAGACUCAGACCACGAUGGUCAGGGUGAUGCCUGUGACGACGAUGAUGACAAUGAUGGGGUCCCUGAUAGUCGGGACAACUGCCGCCUGGUGCCCAACCCCGGCCAGGAAGACGUGGACCGGGACGGCGUGGGGGACGCGUGCCAAGGGGACUUUGAUGCGGACAAGGUGGUAGACAAGAUUGAUGUGUGUCCGGAGAAUGCUGAGGUCACCCUCACCGACUUCAGGGCCUUCCAGACCGUCGUGCUGGACCCAGAGGGCGACGCGCAAAUAGACCCCAACUGGGUGGUGCUCAACCAGGGGAUGGAGAUCGUGCAGACGAUGAACAGUGACCCUGGCCUGGCUGUGGGUUACACGGCCUUCAAUGGCGUGGACUUCGAAGGCACAUUCCACGUGAACACAGUCACGGAUGACGACUACGCGGGUUUCAUCUUUGGCUACCAAGACAGUUCCAGCUUCUAUGUGGUCAUGUGGAAGCAGAUGGAGCAGACAUACUGGCAGGCAAACCCCUUCCGCGCCGUGGCGGAGCCUGGCAUCCAGCUCAAGGCCGUGAAGUCCUCCACAGGCCCUGGGGAGCAGCUUCGAAACGCCCUGUGGCACACAGGGGACACAGCAUCACAGGUGCGGCUGCUGUGGAAGGACCCCCGCAACGUGGGCUGGAAGGACAAGACAUCCUACCGCUGGUUCCUACAGCACCGGCCCCAAGUGGGCUACAUCAGAGUGCGGUUCUAUGAGGGCCCUGAGCUGGUGGCAGACAGCAAUGUUGUCCUGGAUACAACCAUGCGGGGCGGCCGCUUGGGAGUCUUCUGCUUCUCCCAGGAGAACAUCAUCUGGGCUAACCUGCGGUACCGCUGCAAUGACACCAUCCCGGAGGAUUACGAGGCCCAGCGGCUGCUGCAGGCCUAAGGACUGGGAGUGGGACCUGCCAUCAGCACCUGGCCCCAAGAGGCAGCAGACCUGAGAGGAAGGGAGAGGGGUUCAGAGAGGAAAUAAAGUGUGUGUGUGGCGGAA